UGGUUCAUAAUCUUGUUUAAUGUUUGAAAUAGAAAAAUAGCAACAAAUACUAAAUAUAGAACCUUGUUUCUUUGUCAACUACAUCUUCCAAUUUAGUCACUUUCAAAAAAACAAAUCCCCCAAAAAUAGAGAUUUCCUACCAAACUACUCCAAUUCUUAUCUCUUACGUUUCAUAAUUGUACUCUCUAUGUGUCAAUAUAAAUACACAUAGGUUAUAUGUCUAUGUAUGUUUUAUACUAAAGGCUAAUUAGCUAGGAAACUUUGUGUGAAGAAAAAGAUUGAGAUUUUUUCUUUGAGUAACAACAUGAAGAGCAUGAAGAUCAACAACGAAGAUGAAAGCUUUGGACAAAAGGGUAACUUAAUUCAUAGCCAAGUUAUGAAGAUCAAGCAAGAAUCAGAGAAAAUCUAUGAUUGGUCAUUUGAUCACCCUGAAAUAAAGCCUAUUCUAAGAGAGAUUUCGCGGCAAAUUUCCCGAUCGCCGUUGGGAAUUUCCGGCCAGCCCAUUUCAGUUGGGGAUUCAUAGAGUUGGAAGAUGAUGGUUAGGCUUUUGAUUAGUCUUAAUAUGAUGAUGGAUAGAGAUUUUUGAGGGAGGAUAUGUAUGCUUCCCCUGUUUCUUCCUCUGUUUUUUAUUCAGACAUAUUAAGAUAUUUAGUCAUAUUCUCUUCUUUUUGUUUCUUUAUAAAUAGUAAUAAUGUCAAUUACAUAGUAAUUUAGUGAUUAUAUAUAUGGAUUUGCAAACGUAGACUCACUUGUUUUUAUGAAGGUAUAUUUUAACGAGCAUUAACUAAAAAAUGGUUAAAUUCAUCUUAAGGUGCAUGUUGCUAAAACACACAUUCAUAAAAAUAAGUAAGUGUAUUUUAACAAACUCCAUUAGAAUUUGUUAAAAUACAUCCUAGAGAACUAAAUUUUAGAUUUAUCAUUAUGAUCUGCCUGAUGAGUAAGAGUAAUAGAAAAAAAAUCUACCAGGAUAAAUUCAUAGAAUUUUCUUGUCUUAAAUUGAUCUU